AUGGCGGAACCGACUGCCCUGAAACUUGUGAAGGAUUUUUUGGAACAAAAUGGUUUAAAAAAAACAGCUAAAUCGCUUGAAAAGGAAUGUGGCAUCGACUUGAGUAAAGUCGAGAUCGAAGUGAAACUCGAGAACAUUUUACAAAACAGUUUGAAGUCUAAAGCUGAAGAAUCUAAGAAGGAAGAAUCCGAUAGCAGCUCUGAGUCGGAUUCUGAGUCGUCAUCUUCGAGUUCUUCGGAAUCCGAGUCCGAGUCCUCAUCUAGCUCGUCUGACUCAGAGUCUUCCGACUCGGAAUCCUCAUCUAGCUCGUCUAGCUCUUCAGAAUCGGAGUCAGAUUCUGAUUCUUCGUCUAGCUCUUCUGACUCGGAAUCUGAGGCAGAAACCGAGACAAAGACUGAGGCCAAGUCUGCACCCAAAUCUGAAUCUAGCUCGUCUGAGUCCAGCUCUUCCGAAUCCGAUUCGGAAUCGUCUUCCUCUAGUUCUAGCUCAGAGUCAUCUUCCUCUUCCUCGUCGUCUGAGUCUGAGUCCGAGUCCGAGUCAGAAUCCGAAUCCGACUCAUCAUCGUCCUCCUCGAGCUCCUCUAGCUCUUCAGAGUCCGAGUCAGAAUCGGACUCGGAUUCGUCUUCGAGCUCCUCUAGCUCAUCAGACUCGGAUUCUGAAUCCGAGUCUUCGUCAAGUUCUUCGGACUCCGAGUCAGAGUCUUCUUCUAGCUCUUCGGAUUCUGAAUCCGAGUCUUCUUCUAGCUCUUCGGAAUCCGAGUCAGAGUCAUCAUCGUCUUCAUCGUCAGACUCUGACUCCGAUUCGUCGGAUUCGGAUUCUGAUUCUGAGUCCGAGUCAUCGUCUAGCUCUUCAGCCAGUGAUGAUGCUUCCAAAAGUGCUUCCUCCGAGUCUGCCGAUAAUGAAUUGAAGCGUAAGCGCGACGACUCUACUAGCGUGUCUUCAGAUUCUGGCAGUCAGAGCAAGCGUCCUUUCUCUCGUGUCGGAGACGCUUCUCGUUGGGGCUUUGCUUCUGACAAACUGAAAGACAACAGUUACAAUGGUCCCGAGGAUGGUUAUGGUGCCAAGGCUUACAAGGAUCUUAUUGUUACUCGUGGUAAGGGUUUCCGUCAAGAGAAAAACAAAAAAAAGAGAGGCAGCUACCGCGGUGGACGAAUUGAUACGCAAAUUCGGAGCUUCAAAUUCUAA